GAAGAGGCAUAAGACAUGUUAUUGUCAUUGCAGAAAGGUGUGCCAUGAAAAUAUGGACGCGUUGCGCCCUCCAGUGAAUUAUUAUGGCUCUCGGCUGGAGACUUCAGAUGACUUACAGACCAAUGCGGCGUGUGCCAUGCCCUCCAGACCUCUGCCCAAGAGUGCAUGUGAGGCCCUGAAACAAGUCCACCCAGAUGUUUGCAAGAGGUAUUUUGGCUGUGGGCUGGUGAUUCCAGAGAAGCUGGAAGGAUGUGCGGUUCUUGAUCUGGGCAGUGGAUCGGGCAGAGAUUGCUACGUCCUCAGCAAACUGGUGGGGGAGAGAGGUCAAGUCAUUGGGCUAGAUAUGGCGGAUGAGAUGAUAGUUUCCUCGCAAAAAUAUGUCCAGUACCAUCAGGAGAAGUUUGGAUACUCAAAACCAAACACUGUGUUUGUGAAAGGAUACAUGGAGAAGCUCAGUGAUGCAGGGAUACAGAACAACUCUUUCGAUGUAGUUGUGUCAAAUUGUGUGAUAUGUCUGUGCCCAGAUAAGAGGACUGUGAUAAGUGAAGCUUACAAAGGUCUGAAGGAGGGUGGAGAGUUGUACUAUAGUGACAUGUAUGCAAGCAAAGUAGUUCCAGACUCUUUCGAGGAAGAUCCAGUUCUGUGGGGCGAGGGAAUGGCUGGCGCCCUCUACUGGCAGGAUCUCAUCACUCUGGUGAAGGACAUAGGCUUCAGCACUCCCCACCUGGUUGCAGGCAGUCACAUUGUGGUUCACAACCCAGAACUUCAAAGAAAGACUGGUGAUGUUAAAUAUGCCUCUGGAACUUACCGGAUCUUUAAACUGCCUCAAAACUCUAUCAAGACCAAAGCGCUGGUGACCUACAAAGGCACCGUGCCUGACUGUACUGAAUGUUUUGAGUUUGAUGCCUCUCAUUCCUUUAAGACAAAUGUCCCAGUGGAGGUGGGCGCAGAGAUGGCUGCCAUUCUCCAGAACACCCGUUUCUCUACGGACUUCAAUAUUACAAUGUUGGACACUCCAGAUCCGAACCAGAGCAGUACUCCACAGUAUUGCCACCUUAGCCCGUUCCUUCUUGCUGAUAAACUGGGCUCCUCAGUCAAACAGUGCUCGAAGACUGGACACUAAGGUACAUGUGGAGAGUCUGGUGGAUCAUGUGAUGUCUAGAUCACUUGAGAUGAUGUGAUGGGAAGUGAGAGUAUAGGAUGUCUUUAGUGCUGAAGCGAUCAUUUAUUAAGUUUUCUUUAGACUUGAGGAAGCUAUUUGUCCUCCUGUUAAUUGUAAAGCAGCCUCAACAAUAAACAACAGUAAUAAUUAUUAAAAUAUUAAUUACAGUGUGCAGAGUUAUACACUUUUUAUUCAAGAAAAAACUAACCAAGAUCUUUGUCAGUGGAUUUAGAUUUUGACUUCAUUCCAACAUAGUUCUCUUUUCUUCUUCUUGUUUUUGUGCUCUAGUUGUUAAAUAUUUUAAAAGCAAAUUUUACUGGCCUCUAUUUCUUUGUCCCUUAUAAGAUAGUAAACCAACUCAAAGUAUUGGCACUUGUUUUCUAUUCUGUAUGAAAUAAGGCGGUGCUGAUAUUGAUAUCGGUACACAAUCUCUCAUUACUCUGUUAAAUUAAUCUCUCAGCAGCAUAAAUGAUUUUUGCAUUUUUCUAGAUGACUUCUUGUUUCAGUUGAUUUAGUACCAAGCUCAUUUUGUUAAUUCCACACAUAAUGCUACAGAAAUGUAGUUGUUCACCUUGGUACAUGUUUACCAAGAAGACAGCUGUGUCAGUGAGGAACAUUCUUGAGAUGACAUACAAUAUGAGACAUGAUAUGUAGAACAAAAUCUAUGUAAGAGAAUAAUUUUUAUUGUUCGUCAUUUCAAGCUGUAAUUUUGCCAAAAAAGUGAACAUAUUUAAUCCUGUGUAUUUAGUGUGAAUGAAAUACUACCUUUGAAUUUAGCCUUAUAGCAUACAAAGAAGAUGGUUGUUUUAUUUAAAAAUGUUUAAAAUGUAAUUUUAUUCAAAAUACAUUAUUUGAAAUGUGUUUGGAAAUUACAUUUUAGAAAAAAAUUGCAAAUGACAAAAUUUGUUCUUGUGACAGACAGAUAUUUACUGUUGGACAGUGUUAGUAGAUUAAAAAAAAGUGUAUAAAGUAAAGUUUAAGCAAAUAUAUUUGUAGUAUCAAAAAGUGCCCAGUAAUUGAAGAAAAGCGUUACAUUUAUAAGCAACAUGACAUUGAUGCUUAUUAUCAGAAGGGAUAGAAUUUACUUCACUUUUUGAUUUCCCUUAUUCCUAAAAAUCAUGUGAUAUUUUUAAUGGCAGGAUGUAGACGGAUCAGUCACUUUCCCUGAAGUCUCUUGAGAAAGCUUUGCCAGUAAUCUGAAUUUCAUCAUACUUUUUUCCUCACACCUUGUAUUACAGAGCCAACUUUAAAUGUGAGUAAGAUGAGAUUUAAGUAUGUGUAAUCUCAGUAUUCUUGUUCUGUGUCAUCUCAAUUUAUUGGUUUAUAUAUCCUUUCAGUUUGUCAGUUGUUUUCAAGGAAAAGGUCUUGAUUUCAGUAUGUCAUUGGACUGUAGGUGGCACCAAAAUCUUCAAAGUGUUCCCAAAGUAGCUCUGCUUGCUAUGUUAUUGCAUUUAUAUGGUUUUGCAGCUUGCAGUGCAGAACCAAUAUGAUUAGACGAUGAUAACGGCAUAAAGCAGUCGUAAUUCAAUAAUAUGAACUGGCAAAUUACCUGCACAACAAUUCAUCCCAAGCAAUCAAUGAGCAUUUUCUGAAUCUCAUUUAUAGUAAUUUACUUGGAGACUUAAUUUGCUAAUAAAAGCUUACAAGAAUAAAGAAAAAUGGUCAUAAUGAUGCAAAUUUUCCUUUGGAUGAAUCUGAUCUGUGCGUUAUAAACCGGGCUGUGUUGUAUUAAACAUUGCACGUGACAAAUUGAGUGUGCAAGGGUUUAUUUUGCUUGGAUUCUCAGACAUUUAUCUCUAGAAAAUGCUUAUAUUGGACUCUCCUGUCAAAAAAUUGAACUCCCGGACUUCUCCUUAGGGCUCUGAGAGGGAGUGCUGUGAUAUUCUGAGUUGUGCGGAGGAAGCAGGUGUGGUGUAAAUGUAAACACAGCACUGAGGAACGGCUCUCAUUGUCCUGGUUUCACCUCUGCUAAAGUGCUGGUCUUCUACCGCGUGCCCAGAAUGUAUCCCGUUACUCUCAGCCACUUAAUGCUUGACGAUAUCCAGAGCUAAAAAGCCUCUACUGUCAAGAGACACUGUGAAUGGAAGAGUAAGCUUCAGUGAAUAAGACCACACACUGAUUCCAGUAUGAAGCUCAUCUUCUGAGCUUGUUCAUGUAUCGUGUAUCAAUGACAUAAGCCGGCGUAUUGUACCAGAGCAUAGAUAAAUAGGAACUGUGCCAAGUUAUGUUUUCAAAAGUGAAUAUUACAUUAAUGACCAACUUCCUUUACAGUUGAAAGACCCUGUGAUUUAAAAAAAUUGGUGUUUGUGGAUGCUGGUCAUAGUCAUACUAGUCCUAAAUUCACGACUGUUGUAAAAAAAAAAAAAUCACAGUAAAAACAUUGUAUGUUACAAUGCAUUGCAAUUUAAAUACAUGUUUAAGCAAAUAUUUUCUAUUUUAAUAUAAUUUACAAUGUUUUUUUGUUUUUUUUCCCCCUGUGAAUGUAUACAUGUAAAUAUUUUCAAGAUAUUUAUUGUUUGUGUAUGUAUUUAUAUAUACAUUAAAAAUAUACACUGUACACUUUAUGUAAAAAAAAACUUUUAUUUUGGAUGCGAUUAAUUGUUUGACAGCACUAAUAUGUAUACAUAUAUACAGUAUAUGUAUUUAUGUAAUACUAUCUACAUGCCAGUUCUUAUAAAGGUUAAUCUAACAUUUUACAUGAUUUAAAAAUGUAGUUCUUGAAAAACAGACUGAAAUAUUGGUGACUCUUUGGCAUUGACAAUUUUUUUUUUUCUCAAUCAAAUGCUUGUUAGAAUGAGAAUGUCCCCUCCUCCUUACACCACUGGCUUUCAUCAACAAUAGCAAAUGAGAAAAUUGUCCUUGUCCAGCAGUUCCAUGUAGUCUUUCAUAUGAGCUACAUUGACUAAGUCAGG